AUGGGUGUAGUCCCCAAAGACACACCAUUCGUGUGUAAUCAGAGCUGCAAAUCAGUGUGCCCUUUCGAUAUUGCUAAUUGUAAGGAAGACAGGUAUGUUGUAUUUAAAUUUGAUUCAUUAGUCAAAUAGUUAUUUGUUUCCAAAAUAACUAGUUUUGUUAGUGAAAAUUUUUAUUGUACCUUUUUGACUGUGUAAUUUUUGGUUAUCGACCAGUUAUACAUGCAAGCUGAAAUAAUUUGUGGAUUUACAACAAAUUUAUCAUAUGAGGCCUAAAGGCCCCAGUAAAUGAUCAUUUUUGAAAAUUAAUUUACCGCAAAGGUCUUAAUUUAUUAGAGGGCCACUCAAACCCGACCUUACAUUUAUGUUUUCAAGUCUUAAGAACUAUCUGCCGCAGACUAGACUAGCAGUAUGGUAUUUCAUUUUCCUUUUUUUUUUUCAUUUUAGUAAUAACUUCAGUUUACCGGUAACUUUACUUUUUAUUAUUAUUAUUGUUAUGAGUGAAAACCUAAAAAAACUGAUUGUUAAUGUCAACAAACAAAAGGAUGCACUAAAGAAGAAUGGAAUCACAGUGGAUGGAGUGCAUUAUGCUGUGAGAUUUGAAGGUAAGUAAAUUUAUUUCACAUAAUAAUUAAUAAGGUAUUUUUUAGUACCAUAAUAUACAAUCCAAGCAAAUGCCUGCAUGUACAUUGACUUCUUUUUAAAAAUUUAUAUCUACAGUUAUACUCAAUGACCUGAAGGCGCCGCCCUCUAUCUUUUGCUGGAACAAAUACGGAAAGCAAACUUUCAGCUUGGGAAACAAGGAACUGAAGUAGAGUGUUGCUUUCUCUGCAAAGCAUUGAGGGUAUGUGGAUAUAUUCAAAAUCUCUGAGUCAAAAAAUUCUACUAUGCAGGUUUUGACCUUACCAAUGACCAACUUACCAAUAUAUAUUUUCAGUUUUGCUGGGUAAAAUGUCUUAGUAAAAACUAGCUAUGAAUAAUGGCUAUUUUUAUUGUUGCUUUAUUACGAAUGUAAUUGCAAUCUUGGUCCGCAUACAGUUUGUUUGGAAAACUUUAGCAUGUCCAAGGCCAUUAUUGGAGGGUAAUUUAGUCAUAGUUUUGGUUUACUAAGAAUUCUCCGAUGAUACUUGUUGAGGCAUGCAGCCCUUGAUUAUUCAUGAAUUUCAGCAUUUGUAGUUGUCGUUUUGAAUUUACAGUAACUUAUAAAAGGCAUUCAAAACAAGGUUAUCUCAACACAGUUAAACUCUAUUCAAAAAACUAAAUUCCCUGGUAUAGUGAGUGAAUCUCUUCAUCCCAACAUGUAUAGCUUAAUAAGUAUGUUUUCUAUAAAAGAUUAACUUUUUAUAUAGGCCUCAUUUUAGCAAUAAUAUUUUGUAAAUUAAGCCUUGCAUUUUGUGAAAGGGGAAGUUCCACUGCAUGGAAAAGAAAACAAAAAGCUUUUUUUGGACAAAUGUGGUGUUUAAUGCCCCUGUCUAUAAAAUGUUGGCAAUUAUCCUUGUCUUGUUUUACUAGAGAGCACAUAUUAUUUUCCCAUAAUAAUAUACUACAGUCUUCCUGUACUGUAGGUGUGUCAAUGUUGUAGGGGCACUGUCAUAAAAGACUGAAAACCUGUCGAGUAAAAUACUUGAGUUUGAAAUCUAUAAAACUGUUAAGUACCACUUCAGGGGAGAUAUCUGCUACAACAAAAUAAUGAAUCUUCCUUUUUCUAGUUUCAGAGGCAUCCAUGAUGUCUUAGAGUUCCUUCCUGAAGAGGAUUUAUCGUCUAUUAAUCUCUGCGCCCUUCACUGCGAACUUAGCAAUAAUUUAAUACUGAACAGCUGUUGUGGCAGACAUCAUUGGGUUUGUUUUCAUACAUAG